GGCCUUCCCGCUUGGGCGCGCCGGCGUCUCCCAGCCCCACCGGCUCCGGGCUGAGGCCGCGCCCCUGGGCCGCCGCCCGCGACUUCGGAGUGCGGCGAGACGCCGCGCCGUCGGGCGGGGAGCGCGCAGGUGGGGAAGAGGAGCGGGCGUGCCCCUGGCCUGUUCUGAAGGGCCCAGCCUUGCGCUGAAUGGCAGCACCCGCACUGGGCCGUCAGCUGUGGACCCACCUGCUGGUAGCCCUCUUUGGCAUGGGCUCCUGGGCUGCCAUCAACGGGAUCUGGGUGGAGCUGCCGGUCGUGGUGAAGGACCUUCCGGAGGGUUGGAGUCUCCCGUCAUACCUCUCUGUGCUUGUGGCGGUGGGGAACCUGGGUCUGUUGGUGGUGACCCUGUGGAGGCGGCUGGCUCCGGGCAAGAGCGAGCGGGCUCCCAUCCAGGUGGUCCAGGCGCUGAGCAUAGCGGGCACAGCCCUGCUGGCCCCCCUGUGGCACCAUGUGGCCCCAGUCACAGGGCAGCCCCACUCCGUGGCCUUCCUAACGCUGGCCUUGGUGCUGGCACUGGCGUGCUGUGCCUCUAACGUCACUUUCCUGCCCUUCUUGAGCCACCUGCCACCUCCCUUCUUGCGCUCCUUCUUCCUGGGUCAGGGCCUCAGUGCCCUGCUGCCCUGCGUGCUGGCCCUUGUGCAGGGCGUAGGCCACCUUGAAUGUUUGCCAUCUCCCACCAAUGGCACCCUCUGGCUCCCCCACGACUUCCCAGAGCGUUUUCCCGCCAGCACCUUUUUCUGGGUGCUGACCGCUCUUCUGGUCACUUCGGCCGCCGCCUUCCAGGGUCUCCUGCUGUUACUGCCAACCCCGCCAUCUGCACCCACAGGGGGUCCGGGAUCUGGCCUGCGGGCGAGGGCCCCAGCGGUGGAGGAGGAGGAAGAGGCCUCACCACUGCAGGAAUCACCGAGCCGAGCAGCACGCACCACUCCCAGCCCAGACGCUGAGACCCAGCGGCUGCUCUCUGUCCACAGAGCCUGCCUGUUGGGCCUGCUGGCCGUCACCAAUGCGCUGACCAAUGGUGUGUUGCCUGCGGUGCAGAGCUUUUCCUGCUUGCCCUACGGCCGCCUGGCCUACCACCUGGCCGUGGUGCUGGGCAGUGCUGCCAACCCCCUCGCCUGCUUUCUGGCCAUGGGCGUGCUCUGCAGGUCUCUGGCAGGGCUGGGUGGUCUCUGUGUGCUGGGUGUGCUCCUCGGGGCCUACCUGAUGGCACUGGCAGUCCUGAGCCCUUGCCCACCCCUGGUGGGCACCUCUACAGGAGUGGUCCUUGUGGUGCUGUCAUGGGUGCUGUGCCUGGGUGCGCUGUCCUAUGUGAAGGUGGCUGCCAGCUCCCUGCUGCACAGCGGCGGCCGGCCGGCACUGCUGGCAGCUGGCGUGGCCAUCCAGGUGGGCUCCCUGCUCGGGGCUGUUGCCAUGUUCCCUCCCACCAGCAUCUUUCACGUGUUCCGCAGCGGGACGGACUGUGUGGACCAGUGUAGCUCCUAAGCCUAGGCAGCUGGAGGACCGAGAUGCCCCAGCGCCCGCAUCCCCAGGGGCCUCCUCACACGUGGGCUCACUCUUGGACACCUGUACACUCCACAGCAGACGCUGGUCAGAGUGGGGACCACAGAACAGUCCCAGAGCCAGGGCCCAGCUAGGGCUGUGGGCUUGGCCCCGAAUCUGGAACCUGUGUGGGGUUUGCACAAUAAAUCACUGUUACUCCA